AUGAAACCCAUCAUGGAAGACGACGGAAAAGAGCUUACGUGUCGGGCAGUCAAUCCCAAAUACCCUUCAGAAUAUAUAGAGGCAAGGCGAACCAUCAGUGUUGCUUGUGAGUUUACAAAUCCUGCAACAGCUGAAGUAGAAGUUCUAUCUGGACCAAUGGGAGGAAAUCAUAUCAGGGAAGGUGAAACUAUAAAACUAGGUUGUAAAAUUAAGUCGAAUCCACCUCCGGACAAGAUCCUCUGGUAUCAUGAGAAUCGGCAAGUAAAGGUCGUGAUGGCCGAGGGUUUAUCCAAUAAAAAAAUCCGGGAAAAGGAGAAAAAUGCCGGAACGAGGAGGUUGAGGACUUGGAGAAUACCUAUACCGAGGACCCAUUCAGAGAUAAGCCGAAAACCGAAGAGUCUAUUAGAAUCCUUUCGACCAUCCUGCGAGAUCGAGGAAGACUUACCACUCAAGAGGGAAUGA